UUGAUAAAAAAAAUCUAACGACAAUUUGAAUUAAUAAUUGUGUUUUUAUGUAGAAAAAAAUGCUAUGAGUUCACGCGCGUUGAGUUUGCUGCUUUGUGUUAGCAUGGCGUUUCAAUCGAUUGUUUGCGUAGUAUAAUUGUUACCACUGCAGUUGAGAGAAACAAAAUCAAUACUAGUUUGUUAACUGUUGUUCACUUGGUGUAAAAACUAUGCGGUGCACACUAAAUUACACAAUUACACAAUAGCGAAUUCGGAUCCUAUGAGAUGCAGCUCAGCAGAAGCAAAAUGAAUUGUUUGAUCGAAAAUCGGUUUCUGUUUAUAAAGUUACAUUGUUAGCUUAAUAGCCGAUGUGGUGAUAGAUGGGUUUUCAAAGAGAAAAGACUCAAUGUUUUUUUAUGGAUAAGUGAUGCCAUGAUCACAUGUGGAUGGUUAGAUAUAAAAAUUACGUAAACUGGCUCGUACUUGAUUUAUGUUAUAAUGGGCUGUAAUACAAGUCAAGAGCUGCCUAACUAUAAUUCUAAUGCAGAAAGUGAGAACGGCAAGCGAGAUGAAAUCGCGGAAUUGUUGCAGGGUGAUAUCGAAGAAGUCGAGGCAGCAGCAACCAAAAUCCAAGCAGCGUUCCGCGGCCACAAGGUACGAACAAAAAUGAAGCAGGGCGACGUUAAUGAAAGCAAACCGCAGCAAGAUUCAGGUGCAGAUGGCGACCGGGAGCCAACCAAAGAAGAAUUGGAAGCCGAAUUCGAUCCUAACGAUGAAGAACUUACCCACGCUGCAACUAGAAUUCAAGCGUGCUUCAGAGGACACAUGUCACGAAAAGAUGUUGUCGGAAAGAAGGACGAUGAUGACGACAAAAAGGAAGUCGAUAUUGACGAGAUAACAAAAAAGGUUGCGGAGGAACUGGACAUCGAUAUGGAUGAUCCCGAAUUACACAAAGCAGCCAGUAAAAUUCAGGCAUCAUUCCGGGGUCACAAAGUUCGCAAGGACGUACCAGCCACUAAACCAGUCAGCAAAUAGGUUGUUGUGCAUACAAGAAUAUAUUAAAUUAUUUAAAAACAUAAAUGAAAAACAAAUACAUUCACGAUUUGAAAUAACUAGAAAAAUAAUAAUUAAAAAUCCUAGCACUUGGCCGAAAUGAAAUUGAGAAAAAACAAACUGCGUAUAAAAGAAUGUUGAACAACUACUCUUGUUUUAAUUUUAUAACUUUAAUCGAAAUCCUCUCAUAGGAAAAGUAGAGCGAUAUAAAUGAACUAGUUGAUAAUGAGGAACGACUUUAUAAUUUAGCGAAUGGAUAAAUAGUAAUAUGAAGCACUGCGUUCCACAUAUAUUAGAAUAUGUUUAGUGUGAGAAACUGCAAAAAUUGGCUCAUUCAUUCACAGAAACAAAAGUAUACAUAUUUUACUACACAUAAAUACAAACCUCUCGCCGAUCGCGUAAAUCCAAAAUCAAUUCACAAUUCGACACUUUGCCGAUUUCAUAAUUAACUAUUUGUAACACUGGUAGAAACGUGGUAAAACUACAAGAACAAAAGUUAGAAUUACAAAUGCAUCAAAAUAAAGUGAGCUUUAAAUCCCGAUAAAUAUAGAUGAUAAAAUUA